AACUCACUGACUCCUGGUGAGAUCAGCUUUUCUGGAUCAGUGCAAAUGUGCAGCUAGGGAUCCAAAGUGAUCUGGAUGCUGUGGAAGUAAUGGACAAUUCACACGUUUAAGGUGGAAGCUUAUGAAACAGUGUUCCUGUUACAUAGCAGGAAGAGAAAAUGGAAGGCAACGGCUCCCUUUGCAUUCAGAGUUGGUCAACCAGACACGUGGCCAAGUGGCUGAAGCAAGAAGGCUUUUGCGAGUAUGUGGACGUUCUGUGUGACAAGCACCGUCUGGACGGGAUAACGCUCCUGACCCUGACGGAAUAUGACUUGCGGUCCCCUCCUUUGGAGAUCAAGGUUUUGGGGGACAUCAAGCGGCUGAUGCUGUCCAUCCGGAAGCUGCAGAAGCAUCACGUGGACAUUUUGGAGGAGCUGGGCUUCAGCAGCGAGAGCCCCAUCGGCUCCUUGUCCCCUGUCAUCGGCUGCGUCCAAGGCAGGGAGUGGUUUUGCAAUGGCGAGGCGCAGCAGCCGCGGGACUGCGAUGACUGUGAACCGGUGUCGGAGCUGAGCGCCGAGCAGUAUCAGUACACCAACGGGAAGGGCAAGCACACCCCGCGGCAGCUGAACCCCGAAUAUUGGAAGACGGCCCUGAGCUGCAUAUAUGUCUUCAUUGUGUUUGGCUUCACCUCCUUUGUCAUGGUCAUUGUGCACGAGCGCGUGCCCGAUAUGCAGACCUACCCACCGCUACCAGACAUCUUCCUGGACAGCGUCCCUAGAAUCCCGUGGGCUUUUGCCAUGACUGAAGUAUGUGGCGUGAUUCUCUGCUACAUCUGGUUGCUGGUCCUCCUCCUUCACAGGCACAGAUCGAUCCUUUUGCGGCGACAAUGCAGCCUGAUGGGGACUGUGUUCUUGUUACGUUGUGUAACAAUGUUUGUGACCUCACUGUCUGUGCCAGGACAACAUUUACAGUGUUCUGGAAAGUUAUAUGGCAAUGUGUGGGCAAAACUUCAGCGAGCCUUUGCUAUUUGGAGUGGAUUUGGCAUGACGUUAACAGGAGUACACACCUGUGGAGACUAUAUGUUCAGUGGCCAUACUGUUGUCCUGACUAUGCUGAACUUUUUUGUCACUGAAUAUACCCCAAGAAGCUGGAACUUUUUGCAUACGUUGUCUUGGGUGCUGAAUCUGUUUGGGAUCUUCUUCAUCUUGGCUGCUCAUGAACACUACUCCAUUGAUGUCUUCAUUGCCUUCUACAUCACUACGAGACUCUUCCUGUACUAUCACACCCUGGCGAACACAAGAGCCUAUCAGCAAAGCCGAAGAGCCAGGAUCUGGUUUCCCAUGUUCUCCUUCUUUGAAUGCAAUGUCAACGGCACCGUUCCAAAUGAAUAUUGCUGGCCCUUUUCAAAGCCAACCCUAUUGAAAAGAUUAAUCGGCUGAAAGACAUCCCGUUUAAUUCACAUCUCUAUGAAGCACUUGCAACUAACCUUCUUCAAGAAACGCUGGGCAAGGAAAGGGUUGUUUUCACCCACACCAUCAUCUCUUCUGGCCUUGUUCAUCCUCUCCUGGCUUAUAAGGUUCAGAAGAGACCAAGAACACAUUGUCAUUAAAAAGGAAAAAAAAAAGAA